UUACCAACUUGCGUGGCUAUCAGCCGACCACUCCCCCCGACUCCUCCGGCCGCGGCGUUUGAUGUUUACAAAACACAACUGAGAUCGCGGAUUUGACCAAUUCCUUUUGAAUUACUAGCUUAAAACUUGAUAUAAUCAAAUAUGCUCUUUUACUCAUUUUUCAAGUCCCUUGUCGGCAAAGAUGUGGUUGUUGAAUUGAAAAACGAUUUAAGCAUAUGCGGGACGCUGCAUUCUGUAGACCAGUACCUGAACAUCAAAUUGACAGACAUUAGUGUCACAGACCCUGAGAAAUACCCCCACAUGAUGUCAGUCAAAAACUGCUUCAUCAGGGGUUCAGUGGUGAGGUACGUGCAGCUUCCAGCAGACGAAGUGGACACACAACUCUUGCAGGAUGCUGCGAGAAAGGAGGCUGCGACCCAGGCAAAGGCAUAACCUCGGCCUUUCGCUCUCUGUUUAUUUGUGUUCCAGAGGACUUCUUAUUAUUAAGUAUAACAUUAUGAUUUAAUUAAAAAUGCCAUGUCAAAAAAUGGGUUAGUACUUCAUGAAAAA